AUUUUAGGAUUCGGAUCAUGUGAAUAGAUUAAGUGGACAGGCGGGGGUUUACCGUACUUGAUUGGCUUCUCGGUCGAAAUUGCCGCAGCUCCGCCACCCGCGGCUUGCAGCUGUGAUCCAUCCUUGGAUUCUUGGUCUGACGUGAUAUUCGGGUCCUCGGAAAAAGGUCAACCGUUGCGGUGAACAAAAAGGCUGCUGUUGUGGUUCUGUCCCGUUUUUAACCAUUUGGUUUUGGAUUUCUAGCCUUCUGCUCUCCUUGAUCCUGUACCGAAGGUCGAGACGAGACAACCGCCACCGUUCAUCACGGCUUAUUUCGAAAUAUUAGAAUAGACAAGGAAUUGAUCUUGUCUUGAGGCCUGGGCCUGUACUGUCCUGAACCAACUGCCAACCCCGUCAUCUGGGCGAUCCUGAUUAUCGCAAUGCCAGCAACAACCCACCUCGCGACCUUCAUGAUGCACCUCAUCCUUGCAUUAGGUCUGCUCCUCGCGGUUGCAUCAUCGACGCCGAUAGAAACAAAAGCAACAUCAUUACAAUCACAAUCAUCACUAGGAUCUUGGCUGCAAGUAGGCAAAAAGACAUCGGACGGAUGUUCCCUCACACGACAGUGCCCGUCAUGCGAGUCGGUCGGCAAUAAAGGCAUGGUUCAGUGCUGCUGGCCAAAUGGUCAGGGCUACGGGUCGCCGUUUGAUGAGCCUGGAUUCUGUCUCUGCGCACCUGUCGACAGAUGGGAUUACUCCAUGUGCAAUGGGGGUCACUGGACCAGUUGAGACGGACAUGGUAUUGGAUAUCUGGGAGGGAAGGAAAGUGACUGCUAUAAUGAGGAGGGACGGACAGGAACGAAGAAUGGAUUGUUCAUUUCAUGCCAUUGAGGCAUUGACCCCUGAUGGUCAAGGGGAAGACGGAAACAGCAUACAUAAAGACCUCGAUGCCACCAAUUAUCAUCACCAUUCGCAGCAAAACAAACACCACGCUAUCGCCAUGGAACAUCCAAUAACAUUGAAGAAAGCACCCGCUCCGCAACAUCAACCUCAUGCAAUCGCAGUCAUCUCGUCGGGAGUGUGCACGAUAUUUGCCGACUUGCACUCGACCUUACGAUCCGAAUAGGGCUGACCGCUCCCACUAGUCCAGUUCGGGUUCUGGUAAAAGUCCUGGGUGCAGUCGAGUGUGAGGUUGAUGAAGCCAAAUGCAGAAAAGGUUACACUAUAUCAUCACGAGGUCAGUGUCAGCGGGGACUGCUCUGCAUAAGAGGCUACACACGCCCAGGUAGUAGACACGACAAGAAAAAAAAGGAAAAAAAAGAAAGGCACCAAACUUACGGCCAUCCAUCCUCAGCAUCAUGACAAGUCCAAGUCUGAUUGACCCUCAACCAAUUCGCAGCCCUGUUGAACUCAAAAGUGGCCUCCCCACCCGUCCCGCCGCCCGCCAUGGCGCCCGUGGGAAGGUCGCAGCGGUACGUCUGGUCGCCGUAGAAAAAGUCGGUGAGGCGCGAGCUGGUGGCGGAGCACUUGGAGACGGACGGGGCGAGGGCCUCGGUCGCGAGGUUGAAGUCGACCGAGCCCCACGCGUUCUGGUGCGACGGCGUGCUGUACGUCCAGCUCCCGCGGUAUACAAAGUCGCUGACGGUCCACUUGGGCGGCGACCACGACGACGCCAGGCAGCCGACCGCCGUGCUGUCGUUGACGAUGCGCGGCUGCGGGUCCCGGCCUGUCGGGCGGCUGGGGAGUGGGUUGCUGGCUGCUAGGAGGGGUAAGAUUGUCAGGAGGAGGGUGGCAAGCGUGGAAGGCAUUUUGAUGGUGGUCGAGGGAAGAAUUAAGAUUAAAAAAUGGUGCUGGUGGAUAAUGAGUAGGCUUUUGGCCAAAUCAGGGCUUAGAACUUUAGAUAAUUUGUAUGUUUGCGUGGAUAUCAAUCCGAACGAUCAAGACAUGUCAAGUAGUAAUGACCUCUGCCUUAUAUCUCAUUCUUGACCGGACGCGGUGGACCGAAAAAUAACGGUCAAAAUGUGGUGUGAUGCAAUCCAGGGACCAGGAGCUGAACUGCUGAACACCGCGUGAUGCCUCUC